AUGGGAUUACACAAUUUUAUCAAAAUUUCAAACUUUUCAGAUGCAGAUUUUGCAGAAGUAAUGACAGAGACGGGAAGAAAUAACACAGAUGAUGAACCUGUUUCAGCUGAUAUGGAAGCAUCAGAAAUAGCAGAUGGAGAAUAUAUGACGCAAAUAAGAGACAAUAUCGCAAAUAUGUAUUGGGAAAAUCAAUAG